CGCCACGGCCGGCGGCGGCCCGGCGGCGCGCCCGAGGCGGCGACGGAAGGAAGCGGCGGGGACGGCCACGGCCGCGGAGGAGGCGGGAGCCGGGGAAGAGGCGGCGCUUACGGGCACCGRGGAGGCGGGGGCCGGGGCAGGCGGGAGCCUCGGGGUCGCGGAGCAGCGCCGCCGCCCAGCGCCCAGCAGCACCGGCGGGUAGAGCAAGAUGAUGAUACUGAAUCACAACAUGAAGAAGAGAAGGAAGAAGUGAAAUGUUAUUCAAGAAGAAAGGUAUUUUCCAACUGGGGCCGCUAUGAGGAUACAGAAAAAGAGGGACAGAGUGAAUGUGGGGAGUCACAGAGAGGAACAGACUUCAGUGUUUUGCUUAGCUCAGCAGGAGAUUCCUUUACCCAGUUUCGAUUUGCUGAUGAAAAAGAGUGGGAUAAAGAAAGUAUAUGCCAUAAGCAGUUCUCUGCACUUUCUGUUGACUGCCAGUCUUUGGUCCAGGCCCUUCAGGAAUUGCCUCUGCAUCUGAGGYUGAAUGUACCUGCUGACCUUGUGCAGGCAUCAACACCUCAGGAGAUUCCACAGAUGAAAUCUAAAAUUUUUGAAGAUGGGAAGAAGAGAGAGCAGCUAUUUCGACAGUCUCUGGCUCAAAGUGAAACCUUGUUGGUCUCCCAUCCUGUUGGUAAUUCUGUUACUCCUUCAGAACCUGGAAGUAAAAAUGGUUCUAGAGCAAAUGAAAGAGAAUCAUUUCAGAGAGUCCAUCCACUAUCAAAUCAAAACACUGACCAUUUGGAUGAAGAACUAGAUCUUCUCCUGAAUUUAGAGGCUCCCAUUAAUACAGAAGAUAGACCUGUGUCAGGUACAUUACCCUGCAGCGUAUCAACUGAGAAAGAUUUGAAAGUGGAUUGUAAGGAUAAUGAGCCUUUGAAAGUAGAUAGGCCUGAAGAGAAGAGCACAUCAUCCCAGCAACAGCAAGGUACAUCUAAAGAUGUUACUGAAGAGGAGCUUGAAGAUUGGCUGGACAGCAUGAUUGCCUGAAGCUCACAUUUUCUCAUAUGAAUAAUUGAAUAUAGCAAACAUGACAUAGAAAGUUGGCGCUUUCUUUAUUUCCUUUUUAUUUCCUUUCUCUGUAUGCCAAAUGCCUGGGCUUUUUUGCUGGCACUUAAAAUUUUGUGCAACCAAAACUAAUUUAGAUGAGUUUGAAAAUUGUUGAAGACUAAUGAUGUAUUUAGAAAGGUCUAAAACUUGUGGUGAAAUUAAGAGUUUUCUUUGCUAAAGAAGCAGGCUACAGUGCACAAAGAGAACAGUUAUUUCAGCUUGUACUUGCUUGAUGUAGUCCUUAAAAUAAAGCUGUGGAUGAACAAUGAAUACAUGUGUUUUUAGUCACCAUUGUCACAGAACUCCAUAUUGUAGAGAAAAGGGAAAGAUGACAGCAACAGUAAUAUUUGGUUUGUAAUACUUUAUUGCAGUGGGCACUUUUUAUUAGAAGAAAAAAAAAUGCAUAAUCUUAGCAACUUCUACUUGCAGGUGACCAUAGAGCGUUGUUUUAUCUUGGCCUAAGAUUUAAAUUGUGUUCAUUUUGAUACAGUGUAUGUCUUUUAAGAGCAGCAUCUAAUAAGCUGUCGUUGAAGGUAGUGUAUAAACAAACUUCAAGUGCAGUUUGAUACAGAAAGACAGAAAAGCAAUACAGUUAAUGGGUCUGUUCAUCUAGAACACUAACAGAAAUAAAAAGUUUGCAUAGCUAUGUCUACAGAGGUUUUAAGGCACUUUAAUGUUUCAAGGUUGACAAAGUGUUUGAAAAUGAUUUCUUUUUAACUGCUUAAAGCUUUUCAAACUGUAUCUUAAUACAUUCACUAGCAAAUACUAUGGGGAAAAACUGGAUAGCAGUUAGUUGGACUAUUUCUUCUGAGGUACUACGGCCUCUGAUGUUCAAGUUCUUCAAUGUCAAAUGUGCAAUUAAGAUGCCUUUUAGCCCUUUCAACUGUACUGCCAAACACCAGGUUAAUGAUGUGGUUAAAAAGUUGUUAUAAUUUUAGGCCAUGUUUGAACUGGAAGGCUUAAAUUAAUCUGGCAUAGUUUUUUCCUAAUUAAAAUUCCAACAAAAACCUGUUUCAUACAUGGUAGGUACAAAAAGCCUCUGAAAUAGUGUCAAAUUUUAUCUGUGUCUUGAAAUUUAAAGACAUUUAAAGCAAAUACAAGCUGUGAAAUUACACCAUGAAAAGUAU